AGGUUGCCAGUGUCGCCGCGAAGCUCGUGGAGCAGCAGUUUAGCGACACGCUCAAGGAGAUGAAAACUGGGGGUGCCCACCUGGUGAGCGUAGUCGGGAACAUGAGCUUGAAUUUCGGCAGCAGACCACCAGAGAUCCGCAGGCUUCUCAGUUGCCGCAAGAUCUCCCUCGCUGACGAGGAGGGCGUCGAGAUCUGUUGCCACCUUCACUGGCGAGCUGAGGCCAACAUGACGUUGAGCGUCGGCCGUGGCAUGAGCUUCGGUCUCAAGGGGCUCUCCGCCGACGGCCUCGCCUGUAUUGUAUUCACGCCCUUGCUCGAGGAGACACCCAUCAUCGGAGGGUGCCAUUUCUUCUUUUGUAAUAUUCCGAAAUUGGAGCUGAACCUCACUGGGCUGGCGAACGUCGUGCCCAAGAGGACGCUGAAGUCCGCCCUCAAGAAGAGCUUGAGGACGACGGUGGUGCUGCCGAACCGCCUGGCGGUCAGAGCUGGCGCAGCUGUGAUCGCCGACGUCCCCGCCUUCAAGUCACCAGCGCCCGUAGGGAUCCUGCGGGUGCACGUGGUCUCCGCUCGCAACAUCAUGAAGGCCG